AUGCGGGGUCAUGGGGGUCAUGGGGGGCAUGGGGGUCAUGCGGGCCAUGGGGGGCAUGGGGGGCAUGGGGGGCAUGGGGGGCAUGGGGAUCAUCAUGGGGAUCAUGGGGGGGUCAUGCGGGGGCAUGGGGGGUUCAUGGGGUUCAUGCGGUGUAUGGGGGCCAUGCGGGUCAUGGGGCUGUUGGGCCUUUCAUUCAUGCUGGACGAGGAGCGGCAGUGGUUCAACCAGGCCAUGCAGGCGGCGGUGGUGGACGUGGUGCAGGCAGCGGAUGAAGGAGAUCAGCAUGCUCGUGGGGGUCACAGAGGAGGGACUUAUUCGCUCUUUCCCUUGCUCUCUCUUGCCUUCGCAUGCAGCGAUGAAGAGAGGCAGUGGUUCAACCAGGCCAUGCAAGCAGCGGUGGUGGAUGUCGUUCAGAGGAUGAAGGAGAUCAGCAUGCUCAUGGGGGUCACGGAGGAGGGGCUGUUAGCGCAGGGCGUGACAGUGGAUGAAAUAGCAGGCAUGCUGGAGGAGCUGCAGGAGCAUGUCGAAUCGAUCGAUAUGGCCAACGACCUGAAGGCCAUAGGGGGCUUGGAGCCGCUGCUGCGCUUCCUCAAGUCUCCCCACGCAAUCCUCCGAGCGCGGGCGGCGGAGGUGGUAACCACAAUGGUGCAAAACAACGAAAAGAGCCAACACAGCGUGAUGGAGGCGGGCGGCCAUCUGACCCUCAUGGAUAUGAUUCUGAACGAUGCUGACGUCACUGCCAGGACCAAGGCUGUCGGGGCUAUCUCAUCCUUGGUGCGCCAUAACGAAGAAGGCCUGGCGUCCCUUCGAGCCGUCGUCGGCAUCAAAGGACUCACCUCUCUAAUCACCUCCGCCGCCCAACCCACCAACACCACCACCACCACCACCACCACCGACAGCACCAGCAGCGCUACCACCAAGCUCCUACUUAAAGCGCUGCAUCUCACGCUCUAUUUCCUGCAGCAGUGCCCCUCUGACCGCCCCCUGGCUCUCUCCUCAGGGCUUCUCACCUCGCUGCUACAGCCGGGGAUUGUAGGGUCCCAGGAUGGGGAUAAGCGCCAAAGCUCAGGUGAAAAUUCAGGUGGUUCAGGCGGGGUAUCAGAGCCGGAUUCUGGGGAUCUACAGGAGGAGCAGGAUGCCUUGCUGGCGACGAGACGCGCUCUAAUUGGCCGAAGGGUGGCUGUCGCCAGGGGGGAGAGCAGAGGGGGUGGCAGUGGGGGAGCUGCAGGAGGCUUAGGUGGGGCGGAAGCAGGAGCAGCAGGAGGAGCAGCAGUAACAGGAGAGGGUUCUCAACAGCCGUUGAUGUUUCUGGGAGCACCAUGA